UUUGCCUCUUAGACUAAAUACAUUGAAUGCGUUCUCCAGUAGCGUCUCUUCUCUCCUGUGGGCAAUUCCAUUUCAGGGAUCUGGUGGUUAGAGGAUGUGAAAGUGAACAACGAUGGCAACAUAUCAUCUCUCAUUAUCAUGAAAUCAGGAUGGCGGCUCUACUUCCAGACAAUGAGAUUGUCCCUCCUGUCUUCAAAGCCUGUGCUCAUCUUCAGUCUAUGAAUCAAGGUAUUUCUCUUCAUGCUGAUGUGCUAAAACUGGGUUUCAAGUCUUACACUUCUACUUGCAAUUCAAUUAUGAAUUUCUACAUCAAAUGCGGCAUGAUGGGUUCUGCAUCAACUCUGUUUGAUGAAAUGGUGAACAAAGACUCUGUUUCUUGGAAUUCUGUGAUUCAUGGGUUUUUAAGCAAUGGUGAUGCUGAGAUUGGAAUGGAUUUGUACUUGCAUGCAAGGCUUUCAGGUUUUAAAGCUAAUGUUGCCAGUUUAGUCCUUGCUCUUCAGGCUUGCUGGAGGUUGGGAGUUAUCACUGAAGGUUUAAACAUUCACAAUCUUGUUAUAAAGAAUGGGCUUGCUUAUGAUUUAUCUAUCCAGAACGCAUUGAUGAGUUUGUAUGCAAAAUUUGAGGAUUUAAAGUCCGCACGGAAGAUGUUUGAUGAAAUGUCUCAGAGAGAUUUGAUCUCUUGGAGUGUGCUGAUUAGUGCAUAUGCACAGGUUGGGGAAUUCCCUAUUGCGCUGCAGUUGUUUCGGGAAAUGUCUGCGAGAACUUCCAUCAGUUUGGAUGGACUUGUAGCCGUUGCUGUUCUUCAAGCUUGCAGUGGUGUUGGAGAUCAUAGACAAGGGAUGUCAGUUCAUGGCCAUCUCAUUCGUAGAGGCUUUGAAGUUGACAUAUUUGUAGGGAAUUCUCUUGUUGACAUGUACUCAAAAUGCCUUGAUGUGGAUUCUGCCUGUAUGGCCUUUUAUCAGAUGCUGCAGAAGAACAAUGUAUCCUGGAAUAGCUUGCUCUCUGGAUUGGUACACAAUGAAAAGUACUUGGAAGCAUUGGCAUUGUUUAAUCAAAUGAAGAAGGACGGACUUGUAUGGGAUGAAGUCACAUUGGUAAGCCUGCUUCAGACUUGCAAGAAAGUCGGGGAAUCAAUGUGGAGCAAGUGCAUCCAUUGUAUGAUCAUCCGACAGCUCUCAAUCCCUAAUGAGAUGGUCCUGAAUUCCUUACUAGAUUCUUAUGCAAAGUUUGAACUCAUGGAAGUUGCAUUGACGCUAUUCAAUGGUAUGAAACGAAGAAACCUGAUCUCAUGGAGCACAAUGAUCGCUGGCUAUGCGCACAUCGGCCAGCCUGAUGAAGCUAUUGCUUUCUUCCGAGAGAUGCAGCUGGCGCAAGUAAAGCCAAAUAUAGUCACCAUGCUGAGCCUGCUCGAAGCCUGUGCAGUUUCAGCAGAGCUGAAGCUAUCGAAAUCCACUCACGCUGUAGCUCUCAGGAAUUAUCUGGUUAACGAUAUAGCAAUCAGCACAUCUCUUAUAAAUGCAUACUCAAAAUGCGGUGAUAUACACAUCUCAAGAAGAGUGUUUGAUGAAAUGCUUGAAAGAAACAUAUUGACAUGGAACACGAUGAUAUCUGCGCUAGGAAUGAAUGGUAAUGCACAAGAAGCUCUAGCUCUUCUAAACCAGAUGGAAUCAAGCUCUAUAAAGCCAAAUGAAGUCACAAUGCUCUCAGUGUUAUCAGCUUGUAGUCAUGGUGGCUUAAUCCAGGAAGGACUGAAUUGUUUCCAAAGAAUGAUUCACAAUCCAGUGCUCCGACCAAAUGUAGAACACUACUCAUGUAUAGUAGACAUGCUGGGAAGAGCUGGAGAUCUCCAGAAUGCAGCAAAGUUGAUAAGGUCAAUGCCCCAAGGGCUUGAGGCUGGGGCCGCUGCCUGGGGUGCUCUGUUAAGUGCUUGCAAAAGGCAUGGGGAUUGUGAGCUUGGCCGCGAAGCGGCUUCGCAUGUUAUGGAGCUAGAGCCAAUGAGCCCUGCAGGGUACUUGUUAUCGUCAAACAUGUACGCGAGGACGGGGUUACGGAGUGACGUGGUGAAGAUGAGAGCUCUGAUGAGGGAGAGGGGUGUGAGGGAUGGGAAUGGGUAUAGUUUGGUGCAUGUUGGGCAGAAGGCUCAUAGGUUUGUUGCAUGGGAUGCAUGUCAUUCUCAGUGUAAAGAGGUUUAUUGCAUGGUUGAGUUUUUGCAUGGUCUGAUGAAGUGGGAGGUUGAAAUAGGGGAGAUUGUUUUGGAGUGUGAUUAAGAUCAGUGAGUUGAGGAUAUUUAGAGAAAAUGUUUUGUUGUUUAAUGGAAAACACAGAGGGAAUUUAGUAAUUUUUCGGAAAAUACAAGUGCAUGCACCCAAGAGAAAACACCAUUACGUGCUCA